GAUAAUUUGGAGCUAAUGCUUGAAGCUUCAAGAGCUUGGAAAUUCACGGCGCAUUUUACCUUUAAAUAUAAUUGUUAACAAACAAUUAAUUCUUGUCAUGAAUUUGUAUUAAUUACUUAUAACCACCAUGAUAGUUAGAGGUGCGACUCGAUGCUGCCUACGGCUUCGACCGACUUUGGCUCGUCCGACGAGCCGAUUUAGCCCGCAAAGUUGUCGUCGAUAUUCGAUGCCUUCUGGUCCUAUGCCGACAGUUAACCCUACGAGCUCUGCCGGAAUGUUGGCGCCAUUCGUGAACGAGUUGGAUAAGAUCGCACCAUCAUUCAAGAUUAGCGGAUCUCAAAUACAUAUUAUUCAAAGUCCUAUAGAUUUCUACGAGACAUUGAAGGCCAGGAUACGCACUGCUAAGGAACGAAUAUUUCUAUCUACCCUGUAUAUCGGGAAGUCGGAGAAAGAGUUGAUUGCGACAAUUGAAGAUGCUCUCCGCGCAAAUCCCGAGCUCAAGCUAAGCAUUCUCACCGAUGCCCUCCGUGGAACUCGAGAAGCCCCUGAACCAUCUUGCGCAUCGCUCUUAGCCCCUCUAGUUACGGAAUUCGGAUCGGAUCGUGUUGAAAUUCGAAUGUACCAUACUCCGAAUCUAACUGGCUUGAGGAAGAAGCAUAUACCUAAACGCAUUAACGAAGGAUGGGGAUUGCAACAUAUGAAACUAUAUGGAGUCGAUGACGAGAUAAUUCUUUCUGGCGCGAAUCUUUCUAACGAUUAUUUCACAAAUCGGCAAGAUCGAUAUCACUUAUUUUCCUCGAGCGAAGUAACAAACUAUUUCUGGGAUCUUUACCAAGGUGUUAUGUCGCUCAGCUUCUUGGUACAACCAGCAAAAGAUGAGCCAUCGGGGUUCAGACUACAUUGGCCGUCGACUAAUACUGCUCCCAAUCCAUUAGAACGUUCAACAGAAUUUAUCUCAAAAGCAACGCCUUUCAUCCAUAAUCUGAUAGCGCCGAAGGAGAAAUCAGAAAAGGGUUCUCUUCCCUCAGGGGAUACCACAGUUUAUAUGCUUGGCCAACUUUCUCAAUUGAUGAAACCAGAUACAUCCACCGAAUUGCCAGUCAUGACACACAUUUUAAAAACACUGGCCGCCCCUGAAUACACUGGUUCAUCGUGGACUUUCACAGCGGGGUACUUUAACCCCGCGCCAUCGUUAACAAAUCUGCUGUUGUCAACAGCGUCGCAAGAUAAUGUUGUGAUAACUGCAUCACCGUAUGCGAAUGGAUUUUACAAGUCAAAAGGAGUCUCAGGGCUUUUGCCAGAUGCAUACACCCUACUUGCCCGAAGAUUUCUACGUACAAUUAAAGAGCGAAAACAGGACUCAGCCGUCGUUCUUAAGGAAUGGAGAAGAGGAACUGUUAAUGAACCAGGCGGAUGGACAUAUCACGCAAAAGGGUUAUGGAUAACUCUUCCUAACGAAAAAGACCCGUCAAUCAGCAUCAUCGGAAGUUCAAACUACACAAAACGCAGCUACUCCCACGAUCUUGAAGCGGGGGCUUUAAUUGUGACUCAGGACCCUGGCUUGAAAAAGAGACUGGGUGACGAGCAAAAAUGGUUACAAGAAUACGCAAGUCCCGUCACUUUGGACGAUUUCGCGAAAACAGAAAGAAGAGUCGGAUUAAAGGUCCGAAUCGCAAUGUGGAUCGUUAGUGUGGUCGGUGGCGCACUCUAGCGAUCUGGUCCUAGAACGACCACGAUGAAGAUCUCGGCCACGUUCGGCGAGUGACCCGAGAAUCAGAGGCUC